UGCGUGAUGACGUCAGGAGAGGAGGGCACGUCAGUGUUGAGUGUGCGGUUGUUCUGUCAGCACAGCGUUUAUGCUGAAUUGCACUUGAACGUUAAAGGGGGAGAAUACAAAGAUGGCCGGCCGGACUAUGCAAGUGGCACGAUGCCCAACAGACAACCUGUCGUUGACCAACUGUGCCGUCAUCAGUGACAAGGAGCAACAGUUUGAACAACAUGUGACUGUGCGCAAUUUAACCCACAAGUAUAUUUUCACAUUGAAGACCCACCCCGAUGUUGUCUUAGGGAACAUCGCCUUCAGCCUGCCACAGAGAAAAUGGGCAGGCCUGUCCAUUGGUCAAGAUGUGGAAGUAAGCAACUACAAGUUUGACAAGUCCAAACAGUGUAUAAGUUCCAUGACAGUGGAAAUUGACUUCCUGCAGAAGAAAAGUGUGGACAGUAACCCCUACGACUCGGACAAAAUGGCCGGGGAGUUUCUCCAGCAGUUCAACAACCAGGCCUUCAGUUUCGGCCAGCAGCUGGGGUUCAGUUUCUGUGAUAAGCUGUUUGGCUUGCUGAUAAAGGAUAUUGAGGCCAUGGACCCCGGCAUCCUGAGGGGAGAGAACACCUCUGGCAAGAAACAGAAGAUUGAGAUUGGCUUGUUGCUGGGCAAUAGUCAGGUGAUUUUUGAGAAGGCUGAGAGCUCAUCGCUAACCCUGGUUGGGAAGGCAAAGACCAGGGAGUCUCGGCAGUCCAUCAUUAGCCCAGACUGGAACUUUGAGAAGAUGGGCAUCGGCGGCCUGGACAAAGAGUUUUCCGACAUUUUCCGCAGGGCCUUCGCCUCCCGAGUCUUCCCUCCGGAUAUCGUGGAACAAAUGGGCUGUAAGCAUGUGAAGGGAAUCCUGCUGUACGGACCCCCGGGCUGCGGUAAGACCCUGAUGGCUCGACAGAUAGGCAAGAUGCUCAAGGCCCGGGAGCCAAAGAUUGUCAACGGCCCUGAGAUCCUCAACAAGUACGUUGGAGAGUCUGAGGCCAACAUCAGGAAACUGUUUGCAGACGCAGAGGACGAGCAGAAGAGGCUUGGUGCCAACAGUGGCCUUCACAUCAUCAUCUUUGAUGAGAUUGAUGCCAUCUGUAAGCAGCGUGGCAGCAUGGCCGGCAGCACGGGAGUCCAUGACACAGUGGUUAACCAGCUCCUGUCCAAGAUAGACGGAGUGGAGCAGCUCAACAACAUCCUGGUCAUAGGAAUGACCAACAGGCCUGACCUGAUCGACGAGGCGCUGAUGAGGCCGGGCAGACUGGAGGUGAAGAUGGAGAUUGGUCUACCGGACGAGAAGGGCCGUGUUCAGAUCCUCAACAUCCACACAGCCAAGAUGCGUCAGUUCAACCUGCUGGGCAGUGAUGUGGACAUCAAGGAGCUGGCCGUGGAGACCAAGAACUACAGUGGUGCUGAGCUGGAGGGCCUGGUCAGAGCCGCUCAGUCCACCGCCAUGAACAGACACAUCAAGGCCAGUGCGACAGUGGAGGUAGACAUGGAGACGGCAGAGAAGCUGCAGGUCCACAGACAUGACUUCCUGGCCUCGCUGAAUAAUGACAUCAAACCUGCAUUCGGUACCAACCAAGAAGACUAUGCGAGCUACAUCAUGAAUGGCAUCAUCCGGUGGGGUGACCCUGUGUCGGCUGUCCUGGGGGACGGGGAGCUGCUGGUGCAACAGACUAAGAACAGCGACCGCACACCGCUGGUCUCUGUGCUGCUGGAAGGCCCUCCCAACAGUGGGAAGACAGCAUUGGCAGCAAAGAUCUCUGAAGAUUCCCAGUUCCCCUUCAUCAAGAUCUGCUCCCCUGACAAGAUGAUCGGACACUCUGAGAUCGCCAAAUGCCAGGCUAUCAAAAAGAUAUUUGAAGACGCUUACAAGUCCCAGCUGAGCUGUGUGGUAGUGGAUGACAUUGAACGCUUGUUGGACUAUGUCCCGAUUGGCCCUCGUUUCUCUAAUCUGGUCCUGCAAGCUCUCCUGGUUCUGCUGAAGAAACCUCCUCCAAAGGGUCGUAAGCUGCUGAUCAUUGGCACCACCAGCCGUAAAGACGUCCUCCAGGAAAUGGAGAUGUUAGAUGCCUUCAGCACCACGAUCCACAUCCCUAACAUCUCCAGGGGAGAGCAGCUGGUCGAGGCCCUGGAGCUGCUGGGCAGUUUCCAGGAGAAAGAGCGGGCCAGCAUAGCCAAGGCUGUGAAGGGCCAGAAUCUGUGGAUUGGCAUAAAGAAGUUGCUCAUGCUUAUCGAGAUGGCUGUGCAGAUGGAUCCUGAAUACAGGGUUACCAAGUUCCUGAGUCUACUUAAAGAUGAAGGAGCACUGGGUUCUGAUAAGUUUGUGGCAAUCUAGACUCCCAGUGGAGCCACAUAGUCAAACACAGGCAUCCUGUCACGUUGCUGAGGAGCGGAAGCCUGCAAGCAGCUGGCAGGAAAAAGCGAGCGAGAGAUACUUUCCAUCUCUCCUUACAUCCCAUCCAUCCCUGAAGCUCUUGGUUUGCUUCUCCGUACCGCAGGUUUCUGCGGCAGUGCCCAUCCAAACAACCUCCCCCUCCUUUUCAGCACUAUGUGGACAAGUGUAAAAUAAGAGAAAAAGUACUGUUUAUGUUGUAAUCUAUACGUGCUAUUCCUAGCACUCCAUGCGUUUUUAUGUAUAAAAACACGGGCAGAAAAAGCUGCAUUUCUAGGUGCAGAUGAGUCACGGCAAGUAAAUGUGCAUGCAGGAGCAUUUAUUAUAAAACUGUAUGUUUAUAUAUUUGUGUGCAUAGAUUCUUACUAUGAUCAUUCCAAGACCUGGUGGUUUGUGACUUAAAGAUCUACUCACAUUGGUCUUACAACAUAUAUGUGCUUGUUCAUGUUUGACCAUACUUUUAUGAAUAAAUUAAUUGUAUUACUAAUGAUAACGAUGGUAGCGUAUUAAACAAGUGAUCAAAUAAAUGAUCACAAUGUUUUUUAGAAUGGAAGCCACCGCUGUUGAAAUUGAUUUUGUGUAUACUUUCUGUGGAGGAUGUCUGCAGCCCUCUGUUGUGCCUUUGCAUGCGUGCUGAGUGUCCUGUGUGUUGGCACAGAGGAGGAGCAGAGAUUAGACACUACAGCCACUCAUAUCGUCCAGAAGUCUCCUCUGUGUUUGCUCGAGAGGAUCUCAGGCUGACAAAAAAGUGGUGCUUUUCUGAUUUCAGACUGGUCUCCAUCUAAUCACCACAUACCACAGUCCACUGAAUUUUAAACAAUUUUAAAAUGUCUCAGGGAAGUUUAAACAAUCACAAGGGAAGGGAAGCCUGAUUUUCUGUGAUUGAAAACUUACCUGACACUUAAUUCUCCUUUUUUGCCAAAUACCAACCACGAUUCUCCAAGCAUGUUAAAAUGUUAUUUGAAAAUUCAUUAAGCCAAGUUUAUCGGAUCCAGUUUUGUAAUCAAUGAUUCUAGAUCAGACUGUUUGAAGAAGCUUUGUGCUUACCUGCACAGAUGAGCUAAAAAUAAUGUAGGCAACAUGUCAAAAAAUUCCCUGUAUUCUUUUCAGUUUCACCCAUCGUAAAUAAGAGCUUAUGCAGUUUAUGCAGUAUGGGUUUACCUGUCAAUGUCCCUGCUACUUUGUGGUUACCGGUGAAUCCUCCCUCUCUGUCUCUGUGUUGUGCAAUCACUGUACACCUGAACAGGAAAACACUGUAUGCCAACUGUUUACCAAGUAGCUACUCUACUGGCUUGCUCGCUGUCUGUGCAAAUGAUCUCCUCUUGGAUGCAGAUGUCUUGAUUGAGUCCUGCAAGGUUGUGACCCCACAGUGCUACUCACCUGAAGUACCAGGGAUGUUGAUGUUUUCCCCAUGUCGGCAGCACCUCUCCCCCAGCAUGUGAGCAUGCUUUAACACUGCUGUUUCUGCAGCCAGCAGGGCAGCAGCUGGGCUAUUUCCACAUUAAUGAGUCGACACUGGUGUCGAUGUACAGAGUGGAUAUGUAUCUCAGAGUUGGGAUCAGCUCACAUUGAGUUCAGUCAAUUUAAAUUUACAUGAUCAGUUAAUUUUAUAGUACAAUACAAAUUAAUGAAAAAUUGACACAUUUGAAUUUCAAUAUGGAAAACAAAAAAUAAAUUGUUUCACCGACUGACUCAAAAGUGACUUCACCUCUAUGAUCUGUAUAUCUACCAGCUUUUUGUUGUACUGUACAUUUUUUGCAGUGACCAUUGCACUUUUGUCACUGAUCUAUUUGUAAUGAAGAGUCAUGGGUUGCUGUUGACCUCUUUUGUUAAACAAGUUGAAAGUGUAUUGUUGAAAAUAAACGUGGACAAGAGAAAAGUA